UGCACCCCAGCCAGUGUGACAAAAGGCCAUUGUCCGUGCUGGUGGUUUCGGCGCCGUUGCGUUGGCAGCGCCGCUGGUUCGGUGGUGGUCCGCGAGGGCGCGCUGGUGCGUCGCGACAUUUUACAUUGUAUUGACUGGCCGUGUCGUGUCCGUUGUAAAUAUUGUUUAUUGUUGACAAAUCGGUGUUUGUGUGAUUCCCGGUGUAUGGUGUUGUUGGUGUGUGGUGUUGGUGAGGGCGCGCGAUGUGCCUGGGGCCGCCCCGGUGAUGGGCUAAGCCGCCAGUCCGCCAUAGCUCCAGGUGGUGCUGCUGCUGGUAGUCAAUGGUCGCUAUGUGGGCGAAUCGCCGCCGCCACCGUCGGAACGGCAGCAAUGUCUGAGUCAUGGAUGUGGAGGUGAAGCAGCGAAACAGACGCAGAAGACGCGCCCAGCGCAUGCAGGCCCAAAGGGAGGGCAAGGCCGACCGUCGCGAUGGACCAGACAGUGGAGACGACGACGAGAACGUCGUCAGAGAGAAGCCCCAACGGCCGCACAACCGGCGCAAGAAGAACAAAGAGCCGCUCGUCGAGGAGGACAUCGUCGAGGGGUUCUCCAUCCUGCAGUUCCGCUCCUACGAGGACCUGGAACUCGUCCUGAAAAUAAGCAGCAAAGAGAACAUAAAGCGUUUGUCGGACAUCGAAAGGCCACGUCUCGAACCUAAGACGCACAUAACACAUCACAUCUCGGCACACAACAACCACGGGUUGUCUUUGACCCAAGACCCGGCCACAAGCGACGACAGUGGACGGGCAUCUGAACGUUUGACGGGUUCUUCAGUGGCGCCACGUGAUGCGGACAGUUCUAGGGACCGUCUCAGUGACGCCAGCAGUCGAUGCAGUUCAGGAAAAGGAUAUAUCUGUGAUAGCGAAGGCGAAGACGAUAAGGGCUCCGACGCCAGCUCGGUGAUAUUCGCCUCGACGCCGGCGUCCAGGAAGCGGGAGUUCCCCGGCGCGCUACCGCCUAGUUUACCAUUGAGCAAUGGCACGAGUAAUUCCCCAGUCCCCGCUCCCACUCCCCCAAACCUUCCCGUACCGUCUCCGGCCCCCGCCCAGCAACCGCCGUUGCAUCCAGCGAGCAGUACCGCCGCUCCUGGAGGCAACGCCACCAAGCAGCCGCCGCUCGGUGAUGUCCCCGCGCCACCACCAGCUAGUGUUCCAGUCAGCGUGCCGCCGGUGACGAUGCCGCAGCCGGCGGCCGCCCCCAUCGCCCAUCAUCCCGAUUCGACGACCGGCGCCGCCACGCAUGCAAUGAGGACGGACAGUCCGGCGGUGGCAACUUCUGCCAAUGUUCCGGUGGCGCCCGGAGCCGGCCAGUACCACCAUCCGUCGUAUCAGCCGUUGUAUGCCCCCUAUGCGGUGCACACGCCGGUGCCGCCGCCGAGUAGUACCACCACGACGACGGUGCCGGCGACGACGGCCACCACGGCGGCGGUUAAAGCGCCGUCGCCGCGAGGGCAUAGCCCCAACAGGGAACGGGAGAGUUACAGUAGCAACGUCAGCAGUCUCAGUAGAGGCAGCGUGACGCCUCUGAGCUGCCCGCCCCCCACCACAGUGUCUUCUAGUCUAGCCAUGAGCAAACCUUGGACGGGACCUACCCCGCAACUGAGUCCGGCCCCUCCUCGGCCGACGCCGCCUCUACAUUCGUCUUUCCCGCCUCCGAUGUUUACGGCACCUUUACCACCGGUGUCGAGGGCAAGUCCGUUAACGUCGGCGGUACAACCACCAAAUCCAAAUCCAUUUUCGGCAGAAAGUUUGUUCCAAACAAACCAAGCCGAUAUGCUCCGGAGAGAGCUGGAUAACAGAUUCCUGGCGUCGCAGGAUCGCAGCUUGGGGGUGGCGCCCCCACCGUACUUAAGAACCGAAAUGCACCAGCAUCAGCACCACCACACACAUGUGCAUCAGCACACGACGUCGCUGUUGCCGCCCCCGGCCGCCUCCUCGCUGUUCCCGUCGCCGCUGACCGUGUCACCAAUGGAACGCCUAGCGAGACGAACCGGCAGCAGUUUCAAAGAUAUACCGAAAAUCGGCGGAGUCGAGUCACCGUUUUACCGACAAAACAUCGGUAUGCCGAAUUAUCCUGGAUACACCCCUGGAUUAAUUCAUCCGGGCCUGACGGCGGGUCCGACGCCGUUUGUGCCCCCGAAUCACCUGCCAACGUUUCAACCAAAGUCGAUGCCCACAGACCCGACCAAACCAAAACCAAUGAAAACCGGCAAAUGGAAUGCAAUGCACGUCAGAGUGGCCUGGGAAAUUUACCACCACCAGCAGAAAAGCGGCGAGGCGAAGGGUGGCGGUGCCGCCGCCAAAUCCGAGCUUUUAAGGCCUCCAUCACAUCUUUUUUCACCGAGUGUUCACGCGGGCCGCCCCCACGAUAUCCCGUUCCCGCCGUCGCUGGCGUCGCAUCGGCCCCCAGGCUUCGAGCAGCCGCAUCCCAGCUCUCUGUUUACGCCGCCUCCAAGUCAUUUAGGGAAGUCGCCGUUUGCCGGCAGCACCAUGUCGCCCUUCACGAGAUAUGGAAGUGGGUUUGGAUCGACAUCGACGACGUCUCCGUUUGGUGUUUCACCGUUUAGUAGUACAAGAGAUUUGGCUUUAGGUCCGUUGCAUGAUCCAUGGCGGGGAUUGCAAAGGACUGUUCCGAAUUUCCCACCGAGUGUUAAUGCUUUACCGCCAACUUUGCCGGGUUUACCGCCGCCAACACCGUGGAAUAUUAAGCCUGAUCCAAUACUUGAACAACGCGAAAGGGAGGCGAGAGAACGAGAGGAAAGAGAACGGGAGAGAUUGAGGAGGGAACGAGAAGAAAGGGAGAGGAGGGAGAGAGAAGAGAAGCAGAGACGGCUUGAGCAACAGCAGCAGGAGCGUGAGCGUCGAGAAAAAGAACGUCGCGAGCUCGAACGCCGCGAGAUGGAGCGAGAGCGCGAACGUGAGCGUGAACGCGAGCGUGAGCGCCUCCUCCACCAACAACGAUUGGCCGAAUCUGCAAAACUGGCACCUCCUGUCAUCCGUGACCGCUCCCCCCUCCGAAACGGCCAACCAGACCCCGAUAUCCGCGUGAAGGAGGAGCCUCGAUCGAAAGAAGAGGAACUAUUGGCCCGCACCGACCACCGCUACCACCCCUUCCUACGCCACCCGCCUCUCCAACCACCACGGAUGCUCCCACACGGCCUAUCUCACUACGCACCGCCUCCACCGCCCCCGCCCUCCAGCCACUGGCCGCCAACGACCGACCCCUUCUAUCGGUACGAUUCCCUACGGUACAACCCCCUAGUAGUGGAUGCGAUGAGGGCCGAGGAAGAAAGGGCCAAGUUGUUCGGGGCGUAUGGCGCGCAGUUACGGAAAGACCCGAGUUUAAUGCAUUUGAGACCACCCCCGCCGCCGCCCCCGACGGCACAACAUCAUAAAAUUAGUGUGACGCCCCCGACGGACUUGCAUAAGAAGGAGGAGACGCGAUAGCAAAUGCCGUGUGAUACGAGUAGUUAAGAGACUUGAAGGAUGGAUCAUUUUCUAAAAACGAUCGCUUUGGUGAUAUUAUAGUAUUGUUUGUGUCUUGGUUUACUUUUAGAAAGUGGUCCAUUGUUACGAUUUUUUUUUAUUUAUUUAUUUCGACAAUUGUACUAUAUUUAAAAUGUUUUGGAGAAAUUAUAUCGUAGGGAUCCUUCAUGACCAGACCGACACAUUGAGUAGUAAUUCGAGGGAUGGCGGCGAGGAACAGUUUUUUCCAGUUGGCAACGGUGAAUAACUACAAGUUUAAAUUGGCAACAAUGACUGAAAGGCAACUGUUUAAUUUAACAAUUUAAUAGUCAUUUGUUAUUUAUUCGGGCGGACGCUGGUUAGCUUAUGCCACUAUCAUUGUUACCAAUUAUAUCGGGUGACUAUUAAUGAUUGUGAUUUUUGUGGUCAAGUUGGUUACAAAUUUGAUAACUAAAUUUGACAACCUUGACUAUCUAAUUUAUUUGUCAAAAUUUUAUACUCAAUUGUCAUCCACUUCCAACCUACGAUCAUUGACAUGGCCGUCAGAUGAAACAGCUCCUCCAUUCAACAAGCUAACAGGGAGGCCAAUAACUCAAUGCUGCCAAUAGAUUUUUUUUGCCUAAAUCACCCGGUAGUAAAAUAUGUUUGUUUUUAACGGAAAUUAUGUAUGGGUGACAUCGUUUUUAGUUUUUUUUGUGUUCGAAAGUUAUAUUUUUGUUGGUCUUUACCAGGUAACUAGUACUGGGAAACCAUUGAAGAGUGUGACAGGUUGGUAACAAAAUUGAAAUCAUAGUUUAACAAUGUUGACUAUCAAUUUUAAAUCUCAAAGUGUUAUCACAGACAAAGAAUAUAACAAACUAUUGUCUCUUUUUAAUCUUUGGGAACAAGUGUCAAUUAUCAUAAUUAUUUUUUUCUUCAAAUUGGUGCGUUUUUAUUGGCUCUAACUUUGUUGUUGGGAGUCAGUUUAACACAGAAUUAACUCUUGAUUUGUGAUCUACCGGGUGCUCAAAAACUGGCGUACCAACUCAAUGGUACGUCCUAGAAAAGUGCUUACCCAUAAAAGUAAAAAUAGUUACUAGUAAUACAAGGGCGAAAAUACCCGAGAACUUUUAGCGUUUUUGUUUGAGAGUUAUUCAAAUUUUUUUUAUUAGAACAUUUUAAUUUAAAACACGUUACUAUGGAAAGCGUGUUUUAAAAUAAUGAAAACAUUAAUUUAAAAUUUAAACGUGUUUUAAAAUAGUGUAUAAUUUAGGAUUCAGAUAUUAAAAAGAAGGCUUAAAAUGUUACCAACAAAAAAAAUAUUUGUGUUAUAGUAAUUGAUAAACAACGAAUUUUAAAAUGAUUACAAUCGUGAUCGCAGUAGAAUUUGAGGAAAAAUAGGUUUCCUAGUUUUCUAGGAAAUAGUAUCCAUUGUUGGCACUUUUACAAAUUAUGAUUUUUUUAUGAAUUUUAAUCCUUUUAAAUCCAAAAGCUACUAAAGUCUAAAAUAAAUUAAAAAAUAAUUAUUGAUCAGGAAACAAUUACUUAGUGUGAAAUAUACAUAAAAAAAUAAUGAAAACUGAAGUAGUUAACAAAAUAAGUUUGUAGCUCUAGGUUUUUUAAUAUAUGGUUUUAGGAAUUCUUUCAAGAUUUUUUUCUGUACUCUACACAAACAUCUCAAUAUCGUACUACUGAGUUGGUACGCCAAUUUUUGAGCACUCUGUAUUGCCCAAUGUUUCCAGCUGUCUUGAGAACUGAAAUAAAACAUAACAUCUGUUUCAAAACUAUAAAAACAACUAUCACUUUCAAAAAUUGGCUUCCUCUUUUAAUUAGUGGGUUUUCUUGCCACCAAAUUUAUCACUAGAGUCAAUUAAACACAAAAACACAGAAAGUUUUAAUAUGUAACCUAUUUGACCCAAAAACGUAAGUGCGCUCUUGUCAAUAUUUUUUUUUAAAUUGAAACAGCAAAUAGCUUGAUCUCUUGCUGUCAAUAACACAAUUUUUAUAGUCACCCGGUGGAAAAAAUACAAAAAACUUAUCAGAAUUAACGUUACAGUGGUAAAAUUGAUGAUCUGGUGAAUUAGUGUUUUUAAAGUUAGUUAUGAAUUAGAUUUAAUGUUCCAUCAAAAGAUGGGUCAGUAGAAAGCAUUUAUUUUUCAAUCAUCUGCAAUGUUUGCAACGUUGGUAAUUCUUCUUAUUAUCACAGUUACUACUACAAUUCACAUCUACCAACUGUACCACCAACUCAACAAAAGUAAAGACUGAAGGUUAGCAAACAUUUAUUUCAUGCAUAGUUCUUUGUUUUUUGCGAAGGUAAAAAUUUGUUAUUUUUGGUAAAAAACUUAGUUAUUGUGUGCUUAUAACUGGUGAUUUUUUUCGAUUAGUGGACCAUAAAGUCUUAGUUUGGCAACAUUUCACAAGGCAAGCUAAUCAAUCGUAAGUCUGUGUUCCAUCUUUUCACUAUCCAUGUUGCCAACUUAAUUUCAAAAUCAUAGGCCACUUACCAAGCACAAAAAUGGGAUAUUUUCCGCACUUGACUCAAUUAUAUUAGGUGUCUCAGUUAUUUAUCAGCACCUAUUACACAUCUAUUUACAAUUAUUAGCUGUUUCAAAACUAUAAAAACUCCAACAUUGCAUUUUACCGAAUUAUUUUUUUAAAUAUGGUUGAUAAAAUUGUAAAAUAAUUAUUAGUGAUUAGAGCUCUCAUUGAAAGUAUAAAUUACAUAAGCUACAAUUUUUUGGAAGUGCAUGAAUAAUAAUUUAUAACGUUUUUAUAGCGUUUUUUAUAGUUUAGAAACAGCUAAUGUAGUAAAAUAUGACGUUUUUAUUUAACCUUACAAAGGAAAAAAAUUGAAAUAAAAAAAAAGAAUUUUUGCGAUUUAAAAAAUUAUAGUUCGUUCCUGAAAUAACAACAAUACGGGGAUCGGAUCAACCCUAUUUAAAAAAAUAAUUUGGUCAAAUGCGACGUUGGCGUUUAAAUAAUUUUGAAACAGCUAAUAUAUUUCCUAGAAAUUUAUUUUGAAAUCUCAAUACUAUGAAAUUGAUGAAAAUAUAAAUAAACAUAAUAUUGUAUAAACAAACUAUCUGUAAACAAUUAAACUGACCAGAAAUCACGUACGAAUUUUCUACAAUUAUCAGGGUGUGGUUAAAACUUGAUUCACCGAUUAAUUAAGUAAUUGGCUUUUAUAGUUAUAAAUAAUAUGAGUGUGAAAACACAAGUUUAAACUUCGAGGGCUGUCGUUAUGCUUCGAGCGUAUGCGAGUGCAUACCUAGACCCGAGAACUUUUAAGUGUUAUUCAAAAAUUUUGUUGUAACAUUUUAAUUUAAAACACUUGCUACCGGGAACGUGUUUUAAAAUAAUGUUUAUAAUCUAGGAUUCAGAUAAAAAGAAGGCUUAAAAUGUUACUAACAAAAAAGACUUUAACUCAGGGAAUGUGAAUUGAUUCCUGUUGUGUUAGUGUCCCGGACUUGGAGACAAUUGUUCCUCGCCGAGAUCCCUCUCCAUUCAUGAUCUCAUUAUAAUAGCAUAAUCAAAAAAUUAAUACGGGGGCUAUCGUUCCUAGAAAUAUUUUUGCAGUGGUUUUGUAUGUAUAAUGUGUAGGUUUUAUGCAUAUAAACAGCCGUCAGCAUCCCUAAAUGCACUCAUUCUUUGUGAGUGAAACCGCCUGAAGCUUGGCUUUUUUGGUGGAUAAGCAACUUUAUCCAUUGAAAAGGCCGUGGCCUGAAAUAUUGUAAAUAAAAUUUUAAGAGGAAGAGAGUAACAGCUUGUGGACGUAAGCCAAGAUGUUUGUUUUGAUUAUUUAUUUGUGUACAUUGUUAAGUAAUUUAUUUAAGACUGAUGACUUUUCAUCGUUUUGCAUAGCUCAUUUUAUUUAUACAUAAUUAAUUUGUAAGAUCAAGCAGUUAUUUAUUUUUCGUUUCGUGUUUGAUGGGGGCUGAUGAUUUUAUUGACGCAAUAAGAAAAUUUUGACACUUGAGGGCCCCCAUUGUGCGUGCCACUGUACUCGGUAGCUUUCGAUUUGUUUUAAUCUGUUAAUACUCAGUGCCAAAAUUCGUUUUGUUUUUGUAUAUAGAGUAUCAUGUGGACCAAUUUUGCGUUUUCAAGCCGGUACUUUGGCACGUAAUGAUCGGUUUUAUUAAACAGGGGUGGCGUGAUUGACCCCGCAUUCGUGACGAGGUAGCUUGUAACAUAAUUAAGUCAUAAUCGCGUGUAGAUACCCGCCUUGUCAUUUCGAUAUAAUGUAGAUAAAUCACUGUGCUCUAUUUAAUGUUUGUUAGGAGAAAAAACAAUUUUUUAUGUGUACGAUUCUGAAAGAAUCGAGUGAUGUAAUAUAUAAUAAAUAUUGUUUCUAUGA